GAACUCCAACCAAUUCAUUCGACCUCAACCUCGACCCCAGCUUAGAAACGGAGGCCAUCUGGAUCAACGGUCGGACUCUGAAAAGUCUCUUUAGUACACAAUCCGCUCCCCCUCAGAUAAGAAUGACUUCAGUCCAAGGCAUUUACCCACAGGCCUACAUAUUCCCAAGGGAGUUCGAAGUCAUCAUGGAUUCAUCCCCCCCUUCGCCGGAGGAUCCCGAACUGGUGCCCAUUUUGGACAGGGAAGACAAUAGCGAUCUAUCUCGCCCAGACUCAUCCAUCAGCAGCUAUAGCUCUCGGUCCUCUACGGAUAGCCUAUGCCUUCCCGACGCUUCCUUCUCAUACUACCAAACAUCCCAGAAAUAUCAGCUUCCCCCACCGCCACCUCCGACUCCAUUCUUGACAUCUCCACUAGUAUCUCCACUCAAGCAGGGGCUCGAGGAUAGAGACCUGUAUUCCUCACCAUUCGUGCUUAGCGCGAACUUGCUAGAGCUCGGAGAAACGCUGGGAGAUUUGUUUGUAGAGUCGGAUCGCGAAUACCGAGGCAUGGGGGAAAGGGUAUACAUCCCCUACCGGCACGAGCAAAAGGUUUGCUGGAGUUACUCGAUCACGUUCAAACGAGCUAUUUAACUAACACAUCGAUAUAGCAUCUUUCCGGGUCAUGGUCCCUGCCCUGCUCCUUCAACGACCCAACAAACUAUUCCGAGCCAAAUGUCGAGGCAUACGAUAACGAAGACUACUGCUUUCCCGUGCGAUCGAGCUUUGACGAAGGACUAUUCGUCCCUAAAACAGCGCCAUACGUCCGCCCCACAAACCAUACAACCCCCCCUACACCCCCUCCUUCGAGAUGCUCGGGAGACUCGGAGGAGAGGCUCUGGUCACUAUCCGAAAUCGAGAGGCAGCUACAAAUGCUGACCGACGAGCGAGCUCGAGCGGAGGAGUCGCAAGGACAGGACGAAUUAGGGGAACUGGAAAGGCACAGCCGGAGGCCGCACAGAGGGGGUGCUAUGAAGAAGUUCACGAGGGUUUGGAGGGGUUACCUGCACCGGUCGUGAAUUAUUCCAUGUGGCCGUCCCUAUUGCGAGUUUCUCAUUUCUCUCCUCUUUUUUUUCCCCGCUCAUCCUUCUCUAUCUAUCCCAGGAUUCGGGGCUGGGCUCCGAUGUGUCAGCUACUUAAUAUCCUUUUCUCCCACCACUCUUGUACAAAAUUUACGGCUUUGCGGUCUGUUUUUACCUCUGCAUUCUCGAGGAAUCUUCAUUCCAUGUAACCAUUCACUUCUUAACUUCUAUUCGGGGGGGGGUUUUUUUUUCUUUUUUUUUUCUUUUCUUCUCUUUCUUUCCGGUCCUACAGGAAAAAAAGGUUUGGGGUUGAUCAUUGGGAAUUUUUCGGGCCAUUGUUUUCAUCAGCCAUACUCCAGGGCCAGGGGGCAUCCCUAGAGGAGUCGUUGGUACUUUUUUUUAUCUUUCCAGGGAUUGGAGCUUUUCUGUCAACAACUUUUUGUCUGUAUUUCUCAGUGCACACGGGUUUCCUUUGCAGAGUCAAUAAAUAAAAGAAGUGUUUGUGUCUAUCAUAAUAUUAUUCAUGCCCAAUUCACAUUCCAUCAUGUCUGCCCUGCUACGUCUCUUUGGUAGGGUUCAGUCUAGUUUGUUUCCCCCUCUUCAGCUGCAAAAAUUAUGAUGUGCUGU